AUGCGAUAUAAUAUUGAGGAUCGUCUUUGUAGUGGUUGGGGUGUUUAUAACAAAUCUUUGGCUAAACGUGAAAAGAGUGGAAUUAUUCGUUUUGUGUUAAACACCCAAUCUUGUGAGCCUGAAACGGCUUCAGUCAAAAACGAUGAUCUUUGCACUGUGGCGACAGAAAACGAGGCUGAAUUCGAUGCUUACCAGCAAGAGCUUGGUACUGAAGUAUAG